AUGACUGAAAAUCAAAGUAAGAAGGGGGCGGCUCCAUCCUACAAACAGGAGUUACUUCGCUUCUGCCAGACAACCACAAUUCGUGGAGUUCCACGUAUUGUCAAUACGCCUAACAGGGGAAUUCGUUCCAUAUGGCUCACUUUUGUCUUCAUUUUGUUCAUAGGCCUCUUUACAUGCAUGAUCCUGCUUGCAAGGCAGUAUUUUGAUUACGAUGUCAUCCACCCACCUAGAGUUUUGCGUGAUACACCCUCUCCAUUUCCUUCAAUUACCCUUUGCAAUUUACGACCCAUUUCACCAACUGGUUUUAAGCGAAUUAAUCAGCUCAGAUUUCGUGAUCCCAGAGCCUUUGCAAGAAAUGUGAAUAACUUUGCUGCUGGUCUCUACUACUAUAGGAAUCGAUCUCAUGACUAUGAGAUCAUAUCUAAUGCUAUCUCUAUGGGUGGUUAUUUGGAAAGCCUUCCGAAAGACUACUCGUACUCCCUCGGUCACAUGAAAAAUGAAUCAAUAAUCCAAUGUAUGGUAAGUUGA